AUAGCAAGCAAUGUCAUGUUUAUUUGAAAGACAAACAAACUCUGAACCUGAAAAAAUAUUGAAUCUAAUAUUCUUGUACAUGUAUUUAAAUGAAUAUUAAUGAAAAGAGAUGCGGGUAAUAUGCAAAUGAGACAGAAAACCAACAACACAAAAAACCCAAGACAUUUAGAGGUCAACAUUGUGUUACGGUCUUCAACAAUAGACUGCUUGAUUUGUUAAAACCUACCUCAUUCUUAAAUUCUCUAUAUUUUCCAGAUCAAAGAAAAGAGACCAAGGUUUGGUCCUUUACGUAAAGUCCAAGAUUCCUCUUCUGAUAAACCAGCACCGGUAGAAUGGCUGAAUGGGACUACAAAACAUCAAGAUUUAGUUAGAUUCGCCGGUGGUUCGGGAGAGCCUGUGAAAGAUUAUCACAAAGAUUUGGUAGCCGAUUCCAAGAAACUUCCCAAUACUUCCCAAGCUCUACAACCAAACAAUCAGGAGACUUGUGACCAUGUUGCACCAGGAUUCUAUAAUAUACAACAAUGGAGAGAUGCGUUUGAAAGGAAAAUGCAGAUUCCAAUGUAUACAGGUUUCUGUACAUUAUACACAGAAUAUUCAGACCGUCUUGCUUCUCACUGUAAUGGUGAAUCUUAUGAUGAUGACCACUCUUACCAACAGGACAUUUAUUGGUACGAAGAAUCAUAUUAUCGUACAUCACAUGAAAUCAGUGAACAUCACCGGAAGUCCGACAUAUCACAACUAGAUAUCACUUCCGGAAUAGAUAGUGAUAUAGCAGAUAUUGCUGCUCAGUUGAUGAAAGGAGAUUCUGUUCUUGAUGUCGUUGACAACAUGGCCGCUAAAGACGAUUGGAGAAGCAGAAUUGGUUUCAGUAAAAGUGUUUAUCAAAGUCAGCCUGUCAAAACGAGAACCAUGAAAUUAAAUGAUUGUUCUGAGGUGGUCGUCAAUAUAAUUAAGACAACCUAUCCAUUGCUUCAUAAAAAAACAAUCUCAAAUACAAAGAAACCAUGUCAUACGCCAUGUUUACCAGUUCAUCGUCAAAAUACUUUUAAGCAGAUUCCAGUUUCUUCAAAUUCACUCCUCCAGAGAUCUCACAACAAAUUGAAUUUCUUGUCGUCGAAACAGAAAGCAGAUCCUUCCAAUGAACUAAUUAGAUCGAAAUCAGACUGUGAAGUAAAUUUUAGCAACAUCUGGGACAAUAUAAACCAGCGUUUCGUCGUCUGCUCGGCUUACGAAAAUAGAAGAUUAUCAAGGGUACCAGCAGUAUUUACUUCUACAUCUGUACCAAUAUCGGUAGUCACUGAAAACCGCAAAAGGAAAGCUUCAUCCUCAUUUUCUAUUCAACCACCAACGAAACGUCAGAAUAUCGCUACUAAAAAAUCUCAAGUUCGAAAUCAAGCGGCAUCAUCAUAUUGUGAUCUCUUUGCAACACCACUGUUUAUUCCGUCUAAACAGAACCAGCCCGUUUGUUUUUCAUCUGCUACGAAAAACUCCGGAAACUACCGACAACAAUGAGGACAAUAUGACAUUUCUGAUGUUUAACUGUGAUAAACUACAAAUUUGACAAUUACGGGUAUUUUUUAUAACAUCUUUGUAUAUAUUUGUACUUUUUUUACAACAAUCAUAAGACUUUAUAAUGGAUUCACAAUAAUAUUUAGAUUCAGGUAAGUAUACGAAAUCUUGAUCAUUGACGCGAAUCCAUUCUUUAAAAGCUUUCAAUUGAUUUUGCUGCAUUUUGACAAAUAUAUUACUUCUUUUGAUGUUUGUAUCUAUGAAUGCAUGAUUUUUGUAUGAAUGUAUGUAUGUGUAUGAGUGAUGUGUGUGUGUAUGCGUGUGUGUAUGAGUGCAGGAUGUUUGCAUGUAUGUCUGAAUGAUGAUUGUGUGAUUGAAUGAUGAAUGUAUGUUUUGCAAAGUAGAAAGUUGUUUGUAUGGUAUGUGUCUGCGUAUAGAUAUAUGUGUAAUGCAUGUAUUGUUGAUUGUGUAUAUGUUUAUAUAAAAAAAAUAUUUUUGAA